CGGAAAAUCGACUUCAAAAAUAAAUUUUAACUAAAACUUUCAAAUUUUAGUUUCAAACGUCAAUCAUAGUGAGUAAUGACAAUAAAGCGUGGCUUACAUUGACAUUUUUUGAACUGACAAAUUGAUGUUCAAAAUUCCAUGUCCGCCACUGUAGUAAACAAAAAAGUUUAGGGGAUUCGGUUGUCAAAAGUCAAAAUAGAUUCCUACUAUACCGGUAAUAAAAAUGUUUCGCGUCCCGCUCUAGCGUCUUUUUCCCGUGUUUAAAUAUUGUCCAGUUAUUAUUAUUGUGAUUGGAUGUGAUUAAAUAAAACGCUUCAAAAUGCAACGUCGUGGCGGUAAAAGAAUCCGAAUGGAUGAGCCGCCCCCCGAAUACGAAAACCCCAUGACUCCCCAAGUUGAACCUGACGGUUAUGGGGGCUACGGUCACCCAAGUUUAUACGGCGUCGAGUACGCCGAACAGGCGGGAACAUCAUCAUCAGACGGCAUGUUUGAAUCCCCCCCAACUCCCGGAAUGCGUCGAAUUACCAGAUCUAAAGCACGGGGGCAAACAAACUUACCACCGCCUUCAUACUCCCCAACUGGGGCUGGAGCUGCACCCCCUAAACCCCGUGGCAGGGGGCGCCCUCCCGGUCGGAAAAACACAGUUGAAGGGAGUUCCGAAGACGAGACUUCUUUGUACCAUUACAUCAAAAACAGCAAGGUUUCACUUACUAACAUUGUGGAUGAGUGGAUUGAGAGUUACAAGGUCAAUAGGGAGGCAGCUUUGAUUGCAUUGAUGCAAUUUUUUAUAAAUGCUGCAGGGUGUAAGGGAAGAAUAACACAACAAAUGCAAGCGACGAUGGAACAUGCAGCUAUUAUCAGGAGAAUGACCGAGGAAUUCGAUGAGGAGUCAGGGGAGUACCCCCUUAUUAUGGCAGGACAAACAUGGAAGAAGUUCAGGCAGAAUUUUUGCGAUUUUGUACAGACUUUGGUAAAACAGUGUCAGUACUCCAUAAUUUAUGACCAGUUUUUAAUGGACAACGUGAUUUCAUUACUCACGGGGCUAUCAGAUUCGCAGGUCCGUGCGUUUAGACACACUGCAACUCUCGGUGCAAUGAAACUGAUGACGGCCUUAGUCGACGUUGCUUUAACAGUUUCCGUGAAUCUGGACAACACACAACGCCAAUACGAAGCUGAAAGACAAAAAACACGCGAGAAACGCGCCAGUGACCGUCUUGAAGCCCUCCUCGGUAAGCGACAAGAGUUGGAAGAGAAUAUGGACGAAAUAAAGAACAUGUUAACGUACAUGUUUAAGUCGGUUUUUGUCCAUCGUUAUCGCGACACUUUACCCGAAAUCCGCGCAAUAGCAAUGACGGAAAUCGGCGUUUGGAUGCACAAAUUCCACGCGAAUUUUCUCGACGACUCCUAUUUAAAAUACAUAGGGUGGACCUUGCACGAUAAAGUCGGCGAGGUGCGCUUGAGGUGUCUCCAGGCCCUCCAACCGCUCUACGCGAGUGAAGAGUUGAAAGGCAAGUUGGAGUUGUUUACCAAUAAGUUCAAAGACAGGAUUGUUGCAAUGACUCUGGAUAAGGAGUAUGACGUGGCCGUGCAAGCUGUGCGACUUGUGAUUUCCAUCCUGAAACAUCAUCAUGAAAUUUUAACGGACAAAGAUUGUGAACAUGUGUACGAAUUGGUUUAUUCCUCACAUCGAGCUGUGGCUCAAGCCGCUGGUGAAUUUUUAAACGAGCGUCUUUUCCAACCGGGUGAUGUGGACAUUGGAAAAACCAAAAGGGGCAAACGGCGGUUGCCAAACACGCCGUUUAUCCGAGAUUUGGUCCAGUUUUUCAUCGAGUCGGAGUUGCACGAACAUGCGGCCUACUUAGUCGACUCUCUUAUUGAAUCAAACAGUAUGAUGAAAGAUUGGGAAUGCAUGACUGACUUAUUGCUGGAGGAACCGGGACCACAGGAGGAACCUCUAGAUAAUCGACAAGAGACGAGUUUGAUUGAAAUUAUGGUGUGUUGUAUAAAACAAGCUGCUACGGGGGAGGCUCCUGUAGGAAGGGGGCCCACGAGGAGGGUUUCGUCGUUGCGAGAAAUGAAACAAGCUGGAGAGGAUAAGCAAAAGUUGACGGAACAUUUCAUUGUGACUUUGCCACCGCUUUUGGAUAAAUAUGCAGCCGAUCCGGAGAAAUUGGCCAAUUUGUUGAGUAUUCCGCAGUAUUUUGAUCUGGAUUUGUAUACUAGUGGCAGGCAAGAGGGUUCGUUGCAGUCGCUUUUGGUCAAGUUGAAGCACAUCGCUCAGGUGCAUCAUGAGCCGGAAGUGUUGGAAACCCUGGCAAAGACCCUCGAAAUCCUCUGCACCGAAGGCCACUCAAUUUACACUCGUUGCGACGUCGCAAGAUCAACAAUCGUCGACAUGAUCGUGGUCUCCUACAAGGAGGCAAUCGAUGAUUGGCGCAAUUUAUUACUAGGAGAGGAAACGCCAAAUGCGGACGAAAUUUUCAACGUUGUCAGUUCAUUGAAAAAGGUGUCAAUGUUUUACGCUUGUCACAACUUGAAUCAGUGGAAUUUGUGGUCAACUCUUUUCCAAGACGUCAAAGAUUCCGAGAGUGUGCUCCCACCUGACGCUCUGAAAUACAGCCUCAGUGCGUGUUUCUACUGUCUCUUGUGGGGUUUGAGGGGGUUGGAGAUCCAGUUUGAGGGCGGAGGCUUGACUGCAGCCGCAAUUCAAGAGAUGCGCCAACGUUUAGACGAGUUUAUUGAAGCAGCACAGGUUUUAAUUAGGUGUUCUCCGCAUCAUAGCAUCAAAGAAGAGGCCUAUGUGUGUCUGUGCGAUUUGUUGAUUGUUUUUAGUGAACAAUUGUCAAGUACGGCAAAUUCUUUGGCCGAAUUGACCUGUCAACCAGAUAGAAACCUUCAAUCGCUUUUGAACGAAUUUGUCCAGUCUUAUGUUUUCGUUCCGGAACAAAAUGCAGAACAUGACGAACACAGAAUCGAGGAGUUGCACAAACGGAGAAAUUUCCUAGCUGCGUAUUGUAAACUAAUCGUUUAUAAUAUAAUGCCGACUAAGACCGCUGCAGAUAUUUUCAAACAUUACGUCAAGUAUUACAACGAAUACGGGGAUAUUAUUAAAGCGACCUUAAGCAAAGCACGCGAAAUUAAUAAAGUUAACUGCGCCUUAACCAUGUGUUUGAGUCUGAAUAUGAUUUUCCAUGAAGUACAAAAAUUGUCAACGGGGAAAAGCACGAGACAGAAUGAGGAAUUUUUCGCAUUGAAAGAAUUGGCAAAACGAUUCGCGCUUUCGUUUGGUUUAGAUGCCGUUAAGAAUCGAGAAGCAAUAACGGCCUUGCAUCGGGCAGGGAUUUUGUUUGCUGUGACUGGGGCUGAUCAACCAGAUGAUCCCACUGGCCCACCACCGAAUUUACCAUUUUUGGAAAUUUUGACUGAGUUUACUAAUAAAUUGCUGAAGCAGGAUAAAAGAGUGGUUUUGACGUUCUUAGAUCGUAGAAUAACUACAGGAAUGCCUAGUAGUAGAGGUGAAGAUUGGCAGCCGUUGUUGCUUUAUCGGAAUUCUUUGCUGCAUGGUGAGUCUGAUGCUCUUCCAGUUACGAGUAAAAGGGCUUAUGGGAGGAAGAGGAAAGAUCCUGAAUCGGAUCAUGAACAAGAUGAAGUCCUUUCUGAUCAGGAAUUUCCGGGAAAUCUCUAUGGAUAAGUUGUAUUAGUUUAAUUAUUUAAGUUAUUUUUUACAAGCGGAAUUUCUAGUAAGUGGUUUUGUUUGACUCUUUGAUUCCUUACUGUCCCGAUAAGUAAUCAAGGUGUAAACUUACUUGUGCACGUUUUUAUUUUGUUUCUCUUGUAAAUAUUUAGUAAUUUAAUUUAUGAUGUUCUAACGAAAUAAUUUAAUUAUAGUAAAGACAAUAUGUGUAGAUUUUACAAUUUUUGGUUAAUAUCUUUUUUUAAGUUUGUUUUGCCAAAUCCUAAAAUUUUUACUUAUUACUUUUUUAUACAGGGUGUCCCAAAAAAUGUAUUAACGGGGCACUACGUGGUAGUAUAUAUCACCGGGAGGUAAAGAAAAUAUUUAAAAUAUUCUGUACAAAAAUUGGGACAUCCCGUAUACGAAAUAAGUUAACAAGAUGAUAAUAAUGAUUACAGCUUUAUUUGGCUAUAAUUGUUGCUAUCAUAAUAGGUUGAAUACAUGUGUACUUUUUUUUAAUAAAAAACUUUUAAAAUA